CAUGAACAUGUGCUUGAUGGAACUGAAGUGUGUAGCAAUUCAGCGGAAAAUUGAAAACAUUAUGUAAGCAGAUGGGAGCUGAGAUCUCGCUGCCUAAAUGGAAGGUAGCUCAGUUUCAGAGUACAGAAAAUUUCUUUUCUCCUUGUGUGAAGAAAUAACGGAAGGAAACCUACAAAAGUUGAAGUAUUUAUGCCUCGAUCGAUUAACAACAAGAGAAUUGGAGGAGAUAAACACCGCCACGAAUUUGUUUAAAUGCCUAGAGAUAAAACAAGAGAUAAGAAAAGACAAUCUAAAUUUGUUGGAGGAUCUUCUUACGCAAAUAGGUCGCUAUGAUUUAGUGGAGAAACUAAAGGAGUUCAAGAGCAGGCGCAGCUUUGAUUGUGGCGCGAGUGGUUCCAUUAAGUUUCAAGUUGAUGAUGACAUGGAAGAUGUUCCCGACGCUGCCGAGCCAACCGCGAAUGUAGCUGGCGACAAAAAUGAUCCCACAGCUCUUGCUUCAAGUGGUGAGUUUGAAUUAUAAAUCUGAUAUGUGAUAAAAAUUCAAUAAUGACUGCCUGUGUUUUUAUUUUAAAAAUUGAGCUGAUGCGUGACAAGAUAUUGUUUUUAUUCAGAGUCACGACGAUGUUAAGACAAUGUCUCUUUUGUCCACCAGACACUUUCUCUUUGGUUGCGAUCCUGUGAGUACCUUAGACCGUCCAGGGUCGCAAAUUUUGUAGUGUUUUUCAGGGAUGCAUGAAAAAUGUGGAGAAUGCAAGUUUUAUUUGGAAAUGAUAGUGGUGAGGGUCCCCAAUACCCUUUUGUAAAACCCACUCACGUAAAAAUAUUUGGCCUUGUCACGCAUCACGAAUAAUAUCUAAAACUACUUCACGUCACGCAAAAUUCAAGACGAUCGCACUGAACUGAUAUUUUACUUUUAUCUUGUCGCGACCAAUCUUUCACGACGAAAGAUGACUUAACGUCUUAUCUUAUUUGUUAACUGAAGAACCAUUAGUGAUCUGUUUUAUGACUUUUAUUGAUGCAUCUGAAGUCCAUCUCUUGUCAAAACCAUAGUCUGAAAACCAAACCACAACCGUUCGAGAACAAUGUACAUUUUCUAGACAAAAAAUAGCCGGAUAUUCAUCACGCAAAACAACUAGUAAGCGAAGCACCUUAAUUCAGCUUUGAAUUUACGGGUCACGUUUGAAUAUAAAAAUUCGCUCACGUGGACAUGAAAAGAUCUUAUCGUCUCUAAUCACGAUUCACACAUAAAAAAAUAAAGUCACGAUUCACGAGUAAAAAAAAAAAAACGUCUAACCACGCUUCACGUGAAAAGUAGACGGGACCUUCAAUCGUGUUUUCAGAAAUUUGACUCUCUAAAGUGGAUGUCUAUACAUGUAUAGCACCCCACUAUAGCUAUAAAGUUAGGAGUGUAAACAUAGAGUCAGAAUUGUUGAAUACUGAUCUUUUUUCAAUCAACAUAUGAGCAACUUUAGUGAGCUGCUUCACAGCGCCACUAGACUGAGAUAAAAAAUUUCGAAUAGUGCUAUACUCAUGCAUUCUCUUGGUUAAACUUGUCAUCAGUUGCUAUCUGUUUUAAUCUUGUCCAUCCUUAAUCUUUGUUGUUUUGCCUUUGUUCUUAUGUGCUCCUUUUUUAUUUUUCUACUUUACAAAACAAAUAUUUCAAAGUCCUCGAGUUGAGGUAAUUUUGCUCGUCACACAAAAUGACCCCAAACAUUGAGACAUAUUCAAAGUAUAUUCAAUUAUUCAUAAAUGUCACACAAAUCGUUUUCACGCAUACAGAACUUUUCAUCACGUGACUGAAAUGUUUCGCUUUUCUACUCAGGGUCUGAAGAAAUCAUGUUGAGAGACGUCAGCGCAGACGUUUUUGAAGAACUUGGUUUUUUACUAAAUCCUUCUUCAUUUAAAAGUUGGAAAAUUCUGGCCGGUAAGCUUGGCUACACCCUCACCCAUGUAACAAAUUUCAAAUUGUGUCCAAUGAACAGCACCCAAAUGCUGCUUCAGGAUUGGUCCUAUCGUGGAGAUGCUACAGUUCUGAAGUUGUACCAGACCCUCAUGAAUAUAGGACGCGAAGAUGCUGCCCAGAAACUGAAGAGGAUUUUAUCUCCUUCUCGUGGUACAUUGUAGAUCUUGUAGACGUGAAAGUUUUGUUUGCAUACUAUGACGAUGCGAGUUAUCUCCUGAUAACGGAACUAAAACUUUUCUUAGGGCAUGUGCAGGUUUUCAAAUCCAUCCUACUUAGCCGCCUCUACCACAAGAACCUCCUAUCUGCUAUUGUUGUUUUAUUGUUUGAAAUAAUUAGUUUAGAAAAACAAGAGGAGUUAAUGACUUGAGAUAAUAGCCCUUUUACUAGUAGAGCUAAAUUUCUCAUUUUACGUUUUAUUGUUUUACCUCCAGCAAUGUUAUAAAUAAUGAGAAAUAUUAAGAAAUAUUAAGGCACGCACGCGUGUACUUGCGCUCAGGUAGCUGACAGUGAAAUUAAGGCCCAAAGAAUGGGGCACUUUCUUGGUUAUAAGUUUGUUGCUAGAGCAACGUUUGGAGAUGACAGUGUCGAGGCCAACCUCGUUGUCAGGGCGCUUUUCCUCUCAAAUGAAGAGGGGUGACCCCUCCUCUUUUUUUAAAUUGAGACUGAAAUGGGUGCAUGUUUUGUCAAACCUUUUAACGAAAAGAAAAGAACUAAGAAAUUUAAGGUGGCUAGAGUUUCAUUUGUUUGUUGUAUAGUCUAAUUUUAUGAUGUUAUAUAACUUUGUUUUUGUGAUUAGAGUUACCUGUUCAGGAGAAAAUCAUCUGCUGCCAAUCCUUGAUGCUACAGUGACUUUGUAGAAUAUUUGCUUAUUUCGAAUAAGGCCAUUGUUUGGAGCAGCGGCCGUCGUUGAAUUUUCCAUGGGUUUGAGUACAGGUUUAGGUUGAUAAGAUAUACUUAGAGCGUUUAGAAUAAAGAACUUGUUGACAUCUCAUUAAUUUGAAUCAUACUCUUUCGGAGCUGCAUUUAGGCAUUUACUAGACGGAAAACCUGUCUAGAUUUCAGGUAUUCAACGAGGAAACAACUGCUUUCAUUUAUGGCACGGAUUUUCGCUCCUAUUUAUAAAGUUGACCGCAGACAGUGAACAAGCUCAAGUUACAGGAUGUGACAUUGGCACGUCCUGCACUAAUGCGUUUCAACAACAAACGCUGGUUUGUGGUUGCGGUCGAUUGAUUUUCCCCUUUUAGACACAGUGGAAGGAUUAUGCCCACUAUCUUUGCUGACUCAGCAUUAGUGAUGAUAAAAGGAAACUCAAGAUUUUGAAAGAAAAUAUCGAUCUUGAUAUUUUUAGUUUUUCCUCCAAGUCGUUUGUUGAGGGGUUAAAGCUUUCAUGAUUUCUCUUGACGGGUUCGUCUUGGGCCCCGAAGUGAUCUCAACAAUCAUAGUUCUCAUAUAUCGCUUUACCAUUUGAAAAACAUGAAGGAGCUGGCCGAUGAAUAUAACCUAGUCCGAAACAAUUUGCCUCACCCCUUAAGUAUAGAUGAUUGAUGGAUAUCAAUAUCAUGCUGUGAUGAAGUGAAUUAGUUUCCCUUUAGAGUUCCUCUGGAGCUGAAACAGGAACUUCUCUUUCUCUAACUAAUAAACAACUACUUAAAUAUAGGAAAAGUAAAAACUUGCUUCUGUGAGGAACUUAAGUACAGUCGAACCUGUAAGUGGUCACCCACGGGGAAUGGCGGGGUGACCGCUUAAUGCACGUUUACUGCUAAAUAAAGGAGUCAAACGCGUUAACAGACGCUUUUCGUCCUUACAGUCUUAAGAAAGAAAAUAAUCUGCAAUACCACAGGUCAUUUGAACUCAAAGAACUGACAUUGAUUUCAGGAGAUAAAUAUGGAAUAAAUUUGACUUGA